AUGCGACGGAGUCGGACGACGCUGUCCUUCCUGGGUGCGGAGGUGAGACCGGCACCGGCACCGGUACCGGGGAGCACCGGGGAGGCGUUGUCGCGACUCCGCCGAGGCCGCCCCGUCGGGCCCGGUGCCGGUGAUCGGUGCCGUUCGCCGGCGUUUCUCCGGGAGCCCGUUGUUGCCGCCGCUGGGUUGCCGGUGGGCGGAGGGGUCCCGCGGCCCCGAGCCCGAGACCGCCCGGGUGGUCUUCACCAUCGAGGAGAGUGGGCCCAGCAGCGGCGACGAGGCCGAGCCCCCCCGGUAAGAACGGAACGGGAAGGGAUUGGGGUUGAAGGGAAAGGAGGGAAGGAGGAGGAGGGGUUGAUCGCUCCGGUGGUACCGGGAUGGGUAGGGCGCUGUUGCCGGGACCGCUCCCGGUUUCAGCACCGUAGAGCGGACAGCAGCACCGGGAACGGUACCGGGAACACCGGGAACGGCACCGGGGGCACCGGGAGCUUCACCGGCACCGGGGGCACCGGGAGUGGCACUAGGGACACCGGGAAUAGCUUCAGGGACACCGGCACCGAGAGCGUCACCGUCAGAGUCCCUAAAAUGUCCCCACCACCCUGUCCCUGUCCCCACGCCCGCCACCUCCGUCCUGACCCCCUUGUCCUCAUCCUCAUCACGCCCUCCCUGUCCCAGGCGGUGUCACCGCAGGGGCCCAGAGGUGACCUCGGUCCCUCCCCCUGUGGCUCGGGCACUGCAGGGUUAUUUUUGGGCUCUCUCCGCCCCUCGCCUGUCCCAGCCCGGCUCUUGGGGACAGCACGAAGCUGGCAGGGCCGAGGGACCUGGCUCCGGUGUCGCUCGCUGCCCCUACACGUGGCCCGCGGGGACAGCCACAGCCCGGGAGGGGACAGGGACUGGCUGUCCCGGGGACAGGGACUGGCUGUCCUGUGUCCCCUCCUCCCCGGCUGUCCCAGGGGCUGCUGGCUGCUGCCCCAGCUCUGCCCCUACCCCAGUGUCCCUCUGCCCUGAUGUCCCCAUGUUCGUGUUU